AUGGACAACAAAAAACAGGACGAGAAGAACCAGCUUCUUAUAACAAAUAUUUGGCUUUCGUUGGAAUGGAACGACUACAACUUGAGAUGGAACGAUUCUGAAUACGGCGGCGUCAAAGAUUUAAGGAUAACACCCAACAAACUAUGGAAACCAGAUGUUCUCAUGUACAACAGUGCGGACGAGGGCUUCGACGGCACAUACCACACGAACGUCGUGGUCAAACAUAACGGCAGUUGCUUGUACGUCCCGCCUGGCAUUUUCAAGAGCACAUGUAAGAUAGACAUCACCUGGUUCCCCUUUGAUGACCAACAUUGCGAAAUGAAGUUCGGUAGCUGGACAUACGACGGCAACCAGCUGGAUCUGGUGCUGAACUCCGAAGAAGGCGGCGAUCUAUCGGACUUCAUUACGAAUGGAGAGUGGUAUUUAAUAGGUAUGCCAGGUAAAAAGAACACAAUAGUAUACGCAUGCUGCCCCGAGCCCUACGUGGACGUGACGUUCACGAUACAAAUACGACGCAGGACGUUGUAUUACUUCUUCAACCUGAUAGUGCCAUGUGUUCUGAUAUCGUCCAUGGCGCUUCUAGGAUUCACACUGCCGCCCGAUUCCGGCGAAAAACUGACACUCGGGGUCACAAUCCUCCUAUCUCUCACAGUGUUCUUGAAUUUGGUAGCCGAGACUCUACCUCAAGUGUCAGACGCCAUUCCUCUGUUAGGUGUCACAAUCCUGCUAUCCCAAACAGUUUUCUCGCUAAUGGUCGGCCACGUAAUAACAGUCACGUCCGAGGCCAUACCUCUCAUAGGUACCUACUUCAACUGCAUAAUGUUCAUGGUGGCCUCGUCUGUGGUUCUGACCGUGGUCGUACUAAACUAUCAUCACAGAACCGCGGAUAUUCAUGAAAUGCCGCAGUGGAUAAAAUCCGUGUUUCUUCAAUGGCUUCCGUGGAUGCUUGGCAUGGGUCGUCCUGGUAAGAAAAUAACACGCAAAACGAUCUUCAUGAACAACAAAAUGAAGGAAAUGGAGCUGAAGGAGCGCUCGUCCAAGAGUCUUCUGGCCAACGUGCUCGACAUAGACGACGACUUCAGGCACGCGGCGAGCGCUGCGAAUAACGGCGCUGGUCAGGCGGGCCCGCGCGAGGGAUAUUUCUAUCCGAUAUCUAUACGCAAAAUGUCUGUCGAAGACAGUGGUGUCGGAACGCCCAGUGCGGGCACUCUUGGACAACAUCAUAGAGAGAUCCAUCAUAUUUUGCGUGAGUUGCAGUUCAUAACCACGCGGAUGAAAAAAGCCGAUGAAGAAGCAGAACUCAUCAGCGACUGGAAGUUUGCAGCAAUGGUUGUCGAUAGAUUCUGUUUAAUAAUCUUCACGCUGUUUACAAUAAUAGCAACAGUGGCGGUCUUGCUCUCGGCGCCUCAUAUCAUCGUGCAAUAG